AUGGCCGACACCUGCUGCUCCAGGACUUACGUUGUGGCCGCGUCCACCGUGUCCGUCUGCUCCAGCGACCUGAGCUGUGACAGCCGCGUCUGCUCACCCACUGCUUGCACCAGCUCCUCCUGGCAGGUGGACAAUUGCCAGGAGAGCUGCUGCGAGCCCCCCUGCUGCGCCCCUACCUCCUGCGCCCCCAGCUCCUGCCUGACCCUCAUCUGCACCCCUGCCAGCUGUGUGUCCAGCCCCUGCCAAUCAGCCUGCACCAGCUCCUGCCAGCCCUCCUGCUGCAGCAGCUCCCCCUGCCAGGAAGACAGCUGUGUGUCUGUCUGCUGCAAGCCCGUCUCCUGCCAGCCCUCCUGCUGCAGCAGCUCCCCCUGCCAGGAAGACAGCUGUGUGUCUGUCUGCUGCAAGCCCGCCUGCUGCACCCCUGUCUGCUGCACCCCUGUCUGCUGCAAGCCCGUCUGCUGCAAGCCCAUCUGCUGCACCCCUAUCUGCCCAGGGGCCUCCCCCUGCUCUGCCCCCUCCUGCUGCCAGCCCAGCCCCUGCUCCUCGUCCUGCUGCACGCCCUCUUCCUGCGUGUCCCUGCUCUGCCGCCCCGUGUGCAGACCCGCCUGCUGCGUGCCCGCCUCCCCCUGCUGUGCCCCCGCCUCCUCCUGCCACCCCAGCUGCUGCCGCCGGGCCUCCUGCGUGUCCCUGCUCUGCCGCCCCCUGUGCUCCUGCCAGGCCUGCUGUGUCCCUGCCUCGGCCCAGAAGUCCUGCUGCUGA